CACAGUAAUUCUGUUCCACUGCAGCUAACCCGGUUUAAAUAGUGAAAUUUGAAUGGUAAAAAUCGAAUAUAGACAUCUUGAUUAAACACAUUUUUUCCUUUUGUAUCGAAGUUAAUUCAUGUUUGGGUCAGUAGACAAAUAUUUAAAGCGUUUGACGUUGUUGCUCCAUUAUUUGUGUUCAUAACGGCUAAACAGCCCGUUUUUACCGCUUAAUGUAUAACCAGCCGGAAACAAACUCCUCAGAGAAACUGACGUUGCAAGUAAUUUAUUGAUUUCACGAAAAUCUGGCUGGAUAUUAAGGAGUUAGAGUUUAAACCAGGAGGAGAAAAUUCAGAAGUGCAUGCGUUGAACGGAAGUACCGUAAUCCAGAAAGGACCGCACGGAAGAUCUGCAGCAAUGGCGGAAUCUGAAAACAAUGUGGAACUCAAGCGAAAAGCCGACGAUGAUCAGGGUGAAGGUGGGGAUGGAGAGGAGGAUGAAUGGGUCGGACCCAUGCCAAGCGAAGCCUCAACGGUCAAGAAGAGGAAAGUACUCGAAUUUGAGCGAGUGUACCUGGACAACCUCCCCUCAGCUGCGAUGUAUGAGCGGAGCUACAUGCACAGAGACGUCAUCACACACAUAGUUUGUUCCAAGACCGACUUCAUCAUCACAGCCAGCCAAGACGGCCAUGUGAAGUUUUGGAAGAAGAAGGAAGAUCAGGGAAUAGAGUUUGUCAAACACUUCCGAAGUCAUCUAGGUGUGAUUGAGAGCAUUGCAGUGAGCUGUGAAGGGGCUCUCUUCUGUUCUGUUGGUGACGAUCAGGCCAUGAAAGUGUUCGAUGUUGUCAACUUUGACAUGAUCAAUAUGCUCAAGUUAGGCUUUCAUCCCGGUCAGUGUGAGUGGAUCUACAAUCCGAGGGACGCCAUUUCCACUGUGGCCUGCUCGGAAAAAUCCACUGGGAAGAUCUUCGUCUAUGACGGACGGGGAAGCAACCAGCCUCUUCACGUCUUUGACAAGAUGCACUCCUCACCGCUGACCCAUAUCAGCCUGAAUCCAACAUUUAGAGUCAUUGUCUCUGCCGACAAAGCGGGAAUGCUGGAAUACUGGACUGGUCUCCCAAGUGAAUUCAGGUUCCCCAAGAAUGUGCACUGGGAAUACAAAACGGACACAGACUUGUAUGAAUUUGCAAAACACAAAACCUAUCCCACGAGUCUCACCUUUUCUUCUGACGGGAGGAAAAUGGCCACCAUUGCUUCUGACAGGAAAGUCAGAAUCUUCCGCUUCCUGACAGGAAAACUGAUGAGAGUGUUUGAUGAGUCAUUAACGAUGUUCACAGAGCUGCAGCAGAUGAGGCAGCAGCUGCCCGACAUGGAGUUCGGGAGGCGGAUGGCUGUGGAGAGAGAACUGGAGAAGGUGGACGGGAUCCGACUGACAAAUAUCAUCUUUGAUGAGACCGGCCACUUCGUGCUCUACGGCACCAUGCUGGGCAUCAAGGUCAUCAACGUGGAGACCAACAGAUGUGUGCGGAUCUUUGGAAAGCUGGAGAACAUCCGUGUGGUGCAGCUGAGUCUGUUCCAGGGCAUCGCAAAGGCCAUGCAGGUGGCGCCCACUGUAGAGAUGAAGGCCUCUGACAACCCUGCUUUAGACAACAUGGAGCCGGACCCCACCAUCUUCUGCACCGCGUUCAAGAAGAACCGCUUCUACAUGUUCUCAAAGAGAGAACCAGAGGACACAAAGAGUGCUGACUCAGACAGAGACAUCUUUAACGAGAAGCCCUCAAAGGAGGAAGUGAUGGCCGCCACGCAGGCCGAGGGCCCCAAGAGAGUUUCCGACAGCGCCAUCAUCCACACCACCAUGGGAGACAUCCACAUCAAGCUGUUCCCAGUAGAAUGCCCCAAAACUGUGGAGAACUUCUGUGUCCACAGCAGGAACGGCUACUACAACAAUCAUAUAUUCCACCGAGUGAUCAAGGGCUUCAUGAUUCAGACAGGAGACCCCACAGGCACCGGCAUGGGAGGAGAGAGUAUCUGGGGCGGAGAGUUUGAGGACGAGUUCCACGCCACGCUGAGACACGACCGCCCGUACACGCUCAGCAUGGCCAACGGAGGCCCCGGCACCAACGGCUCACAGUUCUUCGUCACUGUUGUACCGACUCCUUGGCUCGACAACAAGCACACAGUGUUCGGAAGGUGCACGAAAGGCAUGGAGGUCGUCCAGAGGAUCUCCAACGUCAAAGUCAACCCCAAGACCGACAAACCGUACGAAGACAUCAGCAUCAUCAACAUCACCAUAAAGUGAUCCUCUGUCUUCACCGUGUCCUGUACAGUUUUUUUUUUAACCAGAUGACUAAUUAAAGAAUGCUUUGAGUAUGA